GGAUGAUGAUCUUGUUUUAUUGGAUGCAGGUAGUGAAUACUAUGGUUAUGCAAGUGAUGUUACUAGAACUUGGCCUGUAAAUGGAAAAUUUACAGAACCUCAAAAAGAGUUAUAUGAAGCGGUUUUGAACGUGAACAGGAGAUGCAUCAAGCUUUGUACGGAAGCUGAAGAUAUCUCAUUAAAUGAAAUACAUGAAGUUUCAGUUGAGUUCAUGAAAGAAGAAUUAUUAAAUAUUGGGUUUGACCUUUCUGAAGGGGAUGUUGAUCACGUUUUAUACCCUCAUCACGUCGGUCAUUAUCUUGGACUAGAUGUUCACGAUACUCAUUAUAUCGAUCGUUCACGAAGAUUGUUGCGUGGAAUGGUUAUAACUAUUG